ACUAGAUAUAUAUCGAGAGAAAAUAGGAGAGAGAAAAGGAAAGAAGAAAAAUGGAUAGGAUGUUUUCAGUGGAGGAUAUUGCGGGCCACUUUUGGUCCGAGUCGCCGGCGGAUGAAGAAGAAGAAUCAUCAACUUCAUCAUCGGCUCCUCGUAAGAAAAACAACAACAACAAUAAUAACGAUAAUAAUCAGAAAUCAAUGAAUAGAAGUAUGUCUGAAUGGGCAUUUCAAUGUUUUUUACAACAAGAAACUACAUCCUCAUCUCUUCCUCCUCCUCCACCUGAAUCUACUUAUAAUAAUGCUGCUGCUGGGGCUGAUGACAUCAUCAAAGAUCAACAAAACGAUAACAAAGAUGACGAUGAUGAGAUUAAAGUCAAACAAGACAACAAUAAUCAAUCAACUCCUCUUCCUCGUCCUCCUCGUACGCUUGAUGGACCUCCAAAUGUUCCGAUUGAUUCCGAGGAGUACCAAGAAUACCUAAAAAGCCGUCUCGAUCUUGCUUGUGCUGCUGUUGCUUUAACUAGGGCAUCUUCUGUAAAACCUCAAGAUUUCGCUGCUUUACCUGACAAUGGUUCACAGGCUUCCAUCACCUCGCAGUUGGGACAUCAACCUUCUUCUAAAGUCUCAGAUUUUGAUACAAAGCUACCAGGUAAGGAUGGUAACGGACCUGUUGCGAUCCCUUCCUUGCCUGCUAUACAAAAGAAACCUACAAUUCCAGUGAAGUCAGCGACAAGUGGGUCAUCACGAGAACUGUCAGAUGAUGACGAGCUUGAUGGAGAUACUGAAACAACUCAGAAUAUGGACCCUACAGAUGUUAAACGUGUUAGAAGAAUGUUAUCGAACAGAGAAUCUGCUAGACGUUCAAGAAGAAGAAAGCAGGCCCAUUUGACUGAGCUUGAGACACAGGUUUCUCAAUUGAGGGUUGAAAAUUCAUCAUUAUUGAAGCGUCUCACCGACAUAAGUCAAAAGUACAAUGAAGCUGCGGUUGAUAAUAGAGUUCUUAAAGCUGAUGUUGAGACAAUGAGAGCAAAGGUGAAGAUGGCUGAAGAAAGUGUGAAAAGAAUUACUGGCUUUAACCCAAUGGUUCAAGCGAUGUCUGACAUGUCAACAAUGGGUCCCAUUCCAUCCUAUUCUUGUAGCCCAUCUGAUGCAUCGGCAGACACUACGGUUCCUGUACGAGAUGACAUGAAACACCAAUCCUUCUACCAGGGACAACCUACUCCUCCCGCCACCAAUCACCACAUACCAAACACCCAAGUGCCCCAAAAUACUAUGGUAAACCUCCCGCCAGUAGAAAACGUUCAACACCCAAAUGCUGUGAUUUCAGAGGUGGGACAGCAGAAGAUAGGUAGGACAGCUUCAAUGCAACGCGUAGCCAGUUUGGAACAUUUGCAGAAACGGUUUCGUGGAGAUGUUGGAGGCUCGUCUUGUGGGACCACUCAAGGUGGGGGUGACCGCUAGCAAUAUGAUUGGAAUCCAUCCCUAACUGAAAAGGUACCCUUGGGAAUGAUGUACCCGAUCUUUUAUUGUCAUUCUUAUGUGCAGUAGCUUGCUUGAUCAGAGAGCUUGAUUUUGGAAUUAUUUUGUGUCAAAUAUCAGUUGGUGUUCAGUUAUUUAAACUGUGCAUAUUCCUUCCCUCCAUUGAACAAAUUCCUUGAUCUUCAUUGAACAACUGAAACAUGAAAUGUAACCAGUUAAAUUUGUAUGUUUCUAGACUUGCUUAGUUUUAUGCACUUCUGUUCAUGAUUCA